CUGUUUGCUGAAGCCGUAUUUUAUUAAAGGUUACACCACAGUGUAUCGUUCAUAGGAUUAUCGUUUCGGAUAAUAACUAUAUAUUGGCGCAAUUGCUAAACAAGCUAACCGUUGUCCCUUUCCGUUUGGUCGUUACGGGAAACGCUUUCGUUUGCACAAGGACGUUAAAGAUUAGCGUCUAACCUUAUAAAGGUUAUGUCAAAUUAGUUGCUACCCGUUUCGCGGUAGUUAUAUAACAGACUGCGGAAUAGGCGAUUGUUUUCUGUUUUUUUUUAUUGUUGCAUUCGAGAAUACGUUUAGUCUGACAGGAGAAUAAUGUCCACGUCCAACGCAAAUUUCAAAAACAAAUGUGUGACACAGGUGAACUGCAUCUUUUGUGAUAGUCUGCUCUGCACCAGGGGGAUGAAAGCGGUGCUCCUUGCGGACACUGAAGUUGAGCUUUUUUCAACCGAUAUACCCCCCAAUAGGACUGUUGACUUUGUGGCCAGCUGCUACACCACUGAGAGCUGCAAGUGCAAACUGAGAGACAUUGCCUGUCUCAAGUGUGGUAACAUUGUAGGCUACCAUGUCGUGGCCCCCUGUAAACCCUGCCUUCUCUCCUGCAACAAUGGCCAUUUCUGGAUGUUCAACAGCGAUGCUGUGUCGACUCUGAACAGACUGGACGCAACAGGUCUGAACCUGCUGCUGUGGGGAGAUCUCCCAGAGCUGGAUGACAGUGAGGAUGAAGAGUAUGAAACUCCAUCAGUAGAGGAGUGCAUCAGGUAGAAAGGGAUGUCCUCAAUGUAAGGGACAAAGACGGCAAACAUGAGCGAUGACAUGGUACAAACUAUGAGUCAAAAGAUGGGGGGGCACAAAGAAGCCUUGAAGGGUAAUUAAACACAGAAUUGCACAGGGCAGAACAGACUGUAACUGGUAAAAACUUUUGACGUUUCACUCCACACAGUCAUGUCACAGCAGGUGUUUUUAGGGGGAGGGGAGGUUUACCUUUGAGUUCUUGUGGAAAACAGUUGCUUUGAUGUCACUGAUGAAGGUGGUGGAGCACAGUGUACUGAACGUCUUUAAGUUUGAAGCAACAUCUUUUGGGCUCUGUGUCAUUCGGUGACUAAUUACCUGUGAUCAUGCCUUUUCUGAUCAUUGUCACUGUUGAAAGCACAGACACACACUGUUACUCAGACUUCCCUCUUAUCUUGUUUUGCGAGUGCUUUUGUGAGGCGCUGCGUUGGACUGAAGACCAGUGACAUCUGGAGGUCCUGACUCUGGCAUGUUUUACUUUCCAUUAGUUUCAGACAAUUUAGGGCCUUUUAUUGGCGUCAUGUGAAGUGUGGUAUAAAUUGGUGGGUCUUACUGUACCAGAGAAUGCUGUGAUUUAAAAAAAAAAAAUUCUGUUGUCUAAAAAUAAUUUUUAAAUGACCACCAUUUGCUUACUUUACAUAAAGGAUGUGUUUACACUUUUGAUAUUUGAUGUAGUUAAAAUAAUGUAAGAACAUGUGGGAUUAUUUCCACUGGGUUCAUUUUGUUAUGAUACAACUUUAUCAGAUCCAGACAAACAGGCGUGCAGUUAUGUUGACGUUUUUCAGUCUUGAGCUUCCGUCUUCAUCCGAAGUGCUCCUUGAUGAACCUGUUUUUAGUCGCCCUGUCAAUUUUGACAGGUCUUGCUUCCAAGCUGACUACCGGAACACGCCUUGGUAAAAACAGCUGUUACGGACAUCACAGUGACAUCAGGUGAUGCUUCUGGGACACAUAAAACUGUGUCUUAUUAAAUAUGAGAAACUACUUAAAGAAUAUAUUUCUGGACGAAAUGAAAAAAAAAGAUGAAAAUGAAUGCUAGUAAAAGAAUCAGGACUUUAAACCAGCAACCCCCAGCACAAAGUUCGAUUUCCUGCAAAGUGUGAACACAUCCUUCAUGACAGAUCUUCUGUAGUCUGUACAUAAAAUAUGCUGUAAUGAGAACGUGGUCCCAUUCGCAUUUAUGUCUCAAAAGGCUUAAAUUAUCCUGGAGUGUUAACUUGAGUUUAAGUGCUGUUUUCAAUUUAAUGUAUUCAAAAAUAGCACAAUAAUUGAAUGAUGUAUAGUAUAUAUAGAUAUAUAUGGAUAUAUUUCUGAGUUUCUUGCUUUUUAAGAGUGUAUUUAAUCUAGAUUCCUUUGUCGUCCAGACAGAAUAUUAACUAUGUUUUGAUAUGAUAAUAUAUUAUUUGUUAACACCUGACAGCAGCACUAUGUGAAGUUAUACUGACCAAUACUUAACAUGCUGAACAGUGCUUUUGUACUUUUUGUCAAGACUUGACAUGGGGUUAUAAAACAAAGAAGGUAGAUACGGAUCAUUGAUAAAUUAGAACAUGACUAAUGUUUGGCUUAUUUUUAAACAUCGAACCACAGCGUUGGUGAAUAAUUAGGACAUUUUUAAAAAGAAAUGUUUGGUGCAUUCCAGCGUGGUUGUGUUUAAUUUUGCAGCCUAUCACUUUAAUGUUUCAGCAUUGAUGUAGCACAUGUGGACAAGAAGAGGGAAAAGAGAAAAAAAAAACUCCAAAGAAUCAAUGAGCAUAUCAGUAUAGAAAUGCGCAGACUGACGACUUCCUGAAACUGUAGUUGUGACUAUUGUUUUGAAAGGGUGGAACCCCAGCCUUUGGUUAUCCACUGGUCUGACUGAUGUAGAAUCUUUAAGAUGUGCACUCGGCUUUGAUGCUACAUCUCUGUUGGUCAUCAGCAGCAUGACCAGGCCUCCGUCUCCGCCUGUGGUUGCCAAGCUCGGCUCACUUAACUCACUCAGUUGUCCUAAUGUCACAUCAGUCUUUUCUGCAGUGCCAUCCUCCAGCUGUUCCCUAUCGUCACCCUGAUCUGCUGCAGUUUCAGAGUAAGAGUAUUUUUGCGUGAAUGAGUUCUAUGUGAAGUGUUGUCACUUAUUACUGUACCUGAAGGAGGAGGAUCAACCUGUGGUUAACCAUUAAUUGCUGUUGUUGCUUUUGCCUUUGGUUGUGUCAACAUACACAGAAAAUGAAAAUGUAUUUUUAAACUUUCACAUUUCAAAGUUAUGACUGACGGCCUGUUAUAUGACACAUUUAAUCGGCUAGGUAUUUAUUAUAUGUGUGAACCAAAACAACUGUAACCACAUACUGUAUUUUUCAUUUUACGAAUGCAUUAUUGUCUUUUUUAACAUUGCUUGAGUACAUACAUAUAUUUUCCAUUUAUGUAUUUAAUAUGUCAUUGGUGAAGUGGUGCUUUGAGUUGUAACUUAAGAUAAUUGUGUACAGUUUUACCCAAAGAUGGUAUCACCCGCUAGCUUCCUCUGACGAGGACAAAAGCCAAUGAUAAUCAACACAGUAAUUUAAAUUUUUCUUUCUCACGUAAAUGACGAUGAUUAAGACGCCCUGCUGAAAAUGUAUAUUUUGGAAUUGCACUGAAACUGCAAUGGUAGUUUGAAAAAAAAGUUGUUUUGUAUGCCUGUUAAAUUAAUAAAAUGUUUUUUUCUAAGAAAAAGAAA